CAGUAGAAAAUUUCACAGAAAUCAUUGGAUUUCAACAUCACACUGCAUUUAGCAUUUCAACGUAAAAUUAAGUGUGGCAAGAAACCACAAGAGUGAGUGAAAUGACUUGUUUCAAUUUGUAUUGAAUACAAUGUUUGUGUGAAAUUCGUUCAAUCGGUAAAACGUUCUAGACCCGAUCAUAAAUAAAUUAUCGAGUAAAACAUCACAUAAAUAUUGUGUAAAUGCGUGAGUGAGACGGUGAAUUUGUGAACUGAAUUGAAGUGCGAACAAUUUGUGUAUAUAUUGUACGAUAGUGCAGUAAACGACAAAUCACACGCUAUGGAUUUAAACACCGGAUUAUGUUUGUAGUUCAGACUUAUGAAAUAAAAACGAAAUAUAUGGCAGCCAUCUCUUCCGACAUAAAAUGUUCUUUCAACACACAUUUGGAUUAAAAAGAACUGUCUGCAAAUUGAACAAAAAUUUGUUUACCACAAGAAGAUAAUUAUGCGAUCGAUUCGAUUAUAAUGGAAAAGUGUAUUUAGUAUGCAAGCGUUUCGAGUGACAAUAUUCACGGAAUAGCGUCGAAUUUUAAUAAAAUUAAAAUGAAAGGAUUCAAAUUCGGUUGUCGCUGUGUUUGCAAAACGAAAUAGUUUAUUUCUAUCACUUUGUGACGUGGAAACAUCCAGCGUUGUUUGUUUGCAACGCCUCAAACAUACAGCAAAAAUCAACGACACGAAACGUCCAACCACCAUCAUCACGACAACAAGACGAACGUACAAUAUGUAAAAUUACCACAUAAAUUAGUAAUGAUUUGAAAGUUAAAAUUGUUUAUUGCAUCUUUUGGAUGUGUUUUCACGAGAAUGGGAGAGAGUGGUAGAAGAACAUCGCCUCAAAGUGAACGAUAAGCAUAUUGAACACGGCAACGCCAAAUAUAUUUUACGAAGCAAGACUUGGUUGGGGUACAGCAGAGAGAAAAAAAAGCGACAACGACGACAACAGAAUGAAAAUGCUAGAAAUUGAGGAAAAGAACGAGAAAUGACUCAAGAAUAAUAUUACUUAAACACACGUACAAAGUAGAACAGAAGAAGCAGAAGAAAAAUACACAUACUCGGGACGCACAUCGAAUGAAAGACAGAGCAAAGCGAAUAAGUGCUUGUUCGCGGAUAAUGCACGUCGUCGUCAGUGCUUCAAGUGAAGAAUUUUCCAUUUAUGUUAAUGAAUCCGAAAUUGUGCAGUUGUGAUGGCAAUGAAGACCACACGAUAAAGCCAAGCUAAAGAAAAUUUCGACCAAACGGAAAAAAGCAGCAGUGGCAACAACAAUAUCGUCAAGAGAUAGCUAAAGACGACACGAGCGAGGCAGUGUAACAACGGCUGAAGACGAAGAAAAAAGAGUCGAGAAGGGAAUAAAUCCCCAUUGUAGUUUGUCACGAACACCGCGCAUACACAGCACAGUACCAAGCCGAGCGCAUGAGAGACGAAUGUGUAAUAUUGAAUGUGGCGAAGAGAGCAGCGAGGAAAAAAGACAAUGCAAUGAUGAUGCUGAUGAAAGAAAUAAACAGAACUAAUGUUGUAAAACAUCGCAGGCACAAUUUAUUUGUGGAAUAGAUUGUCGGGUUGCAUUUUGUAUGCGCAAGAGUGAAGCGAAUGAAUUGAACAUUUUUACAAAACGAAAAACAGAUGCCAAAACCAAAUAAAAUGAACAUUUACCGAGUUGAACAGAGAGCCAAAGAUAUAAAGUGAAGGAAAGCAAAGGCUGUAAGGCAUAAAAAGUAUCAGCCGCAGCAGCAGCAAGAGAGUGAAAGAAAAUCGAAAUAAACGACAAACACUAAAUCGAAUGAGAGAAAACCAACGGAAAAUUUGCGUGCUUAAAAGGAGUUUUGAACAUGGCAAAAAGACAAGCCCGUUUACAAUAGACGUAGAUUGUAAAUUCAAAUUUUAACUUGGUGUCUUGUUUGUUACGCGUUGCUUCGGUUGUUUAAUUCUUAGUUUCUAGCGUCAAUUUGCCUAUGUUUGUGUGUGUUUAUGAAUGUGCGCGUGCGAAAACGAGCGAGCGUGAGCGCGUGUACUGAAAACAGAAACUGUACAUUUGCAUAGUUUAAACUAAAAUUUCAAGUGAAAAGUGAAAAAUACACAGUGCGAACGCGGUACAGAACAACGUACGAUUGCGACCAACUGCUCGACUACAAACGACCGUAAAGAAAACACAUCGGCUCAAGCAUUUAAAUGCAAAUUAGUUUCAUUCGGCGGUAGAUUAUUUGAUUUCGAUUCAGUGCACAGUACAAACGCCGCGUAUAACUCAACAAAACUAGAUAUGGGGCCAUUUUCAUAUUCCCAACAAAACGAUAGCACCGUAAACUUUACAGUUUUUCCGUUUGAUAGCGGAAAGACGAAAAAGUUUUCCAUUUGAAAAAGUGAAUAAAAGAAGAAGAAAAAAAACAGAACGCGUAUUCCCUUCACUCAUCACUCCGGCCUAUUUCACUUUUGUUCACACAUUUACGGAAACGUACAAACUUUAUACGACAGCGUCCAACAACAAAAUGCAAAACUGUAGAAUGAACAACGAAAACCAACAUUUUGAUGUGAUUUCAAUUUCAAUGUGAGCCAACCAGCAAAGAGUGUACGAGAAAUAUGUGUGCAUGUCAAUCAUUUCAGAGAGAAAGAGAAAGAAAACGUUAGCAUUUCAUUUAAUUGAAUAAAAUUGGAUUUUCAUACAUGGUUUUCCAUUAAGUGUCAUUGAUCAAAGGUACACCCAACAACAUUUUUGCUAUGUGUACGAAUGCACAAAUGAGACGACAUCAAUGCAAACCAACGCGCCAUGUAAUUGAGGGCGUCAUUUGCAUAGUGCUACAUUCGUAUUGAUGAAAAUACAAGUUUCAAAGUAAACCGAUACGAAUUUGAAAAGUCGAUUUCAUGCGUAACAUUCACAGUUUACAUUUGGCUAUUGAGUGUUAAGAACUUGCUUAAAAAAAACUAAACUAUUGUUUUCAUAUGCCAAAAAUUGCGGCCGAUGUUUUUCUAUUCACUUCGCAAUUGAAACGUAGAAAUUUACAGCAAAAAUACACAUAGAUUAAAGUGCAUGUUUGAAUAAAGAAAACCGUCGAUGAACUAACAAAAAAAAAACACAAGUAUUGUACUAAGUGCAGAAGAAGUGUUGUUUGUUUAUCUGAAACAUAAAACAAAAAGCCAACCAAAAAUGGUAACAAAACCAGAAGCAGUUGUGAAUAAAACGAUGGCCGAAAACCUAUACGGAAAAAGCUAUUAUUUUUAAUAAUAAAGUGUUUUUCGCUAUACUUACUUGAAAAUUUAGCGAAUGUGAUGUUGGUUCAGUUUUGGUGGUGGCAGUGCGCAAUAAAGAUAAAGUUAGCUUAGCCCUUAGACGCCAACGACGACUAUGAAGUUCGAAUAGAAAACACAUAGAAUCAAUUCAACAAAGCCACCGAAAUAAAAGAGAAUCGAAAGAGAAAAAAAUUGAACGAAAGAAAGAGUGAAAGAGUGUAGAAAAAAGGCAAAUAAAUGUAUUUAAAAAAGAAGAAGAAGAAGUAGCAAGGGAAAAAUUGUAAGCUUAACGCAUUUGCACCGAGAUUGAGAGAGAGAGAGAAAGAGAAAAAAAUUUAAGAAAGUAAGAAAAAUGGUGAAAUAAACCAGAGAAAAGUGUAAAUGGGAUAUUUUUGUGAGAACGUGUGCUCAUGUGAGAGACGAUAGUACAUGUGUCAGCGAAUUCCGGAUACUACAUUCGAGGCAUUGGAGCAUUAAAGCAAAGAUCUAGAGCCAAUGCUGCAAGUCUCUUCAGCAGCAAUAGCACAACUUCAAUAAUAAAUACAGACAAAAAUAACGGAAAAACGAACGAGCAAAUAAUAUAUAAAAAAACAACCUAGAUUUAUAAAAAAAAAUAAAACCAAAACAAAACAAAACGUCUUACUAAUACCAUUUAAAAUAAACCAUUGGCACACUAAAUCAAUCCUCAAGCUUUUCCUCCCAUCGUACUUUUUUUAAUGCAAGAAAAAAGUCGAAAACGAAAAGAAAUUCGCCAAAAAUAUAUAAACGCAAGCACACCAACUAUAAUAAACAGUGUGUGUAGCAUAGUUAAGUAGAGAAGCAAGUAUAUAAAUAUUUUUUGACCAUUUCGGUAGUUCGUUUGUGUUUGUGUUACAAGCCAUCGCUAUUUUUCCGUAAUACCGAUAGUUUCAUCCAUUUCAAACACACUUACACACAACGAAAAAGAAACACGACGGUAAUAAAUUUAAUGAAAAAGCCGAAUGGUCAACAGAAAAUUGGUCUAGAAUAAAAAAAAGAAGAAGUCAAAAUUGCACUUCGAAUAGAUAAAUUUUUAGAGCAUUAUAUGAUCGUAACACAUUUUUCAAGAGUCACUUUUCUACUUGCAAACAAAGUAAAGAUUUUUUUUUUAAAUAACUUCGGUCAAUAUAUCCGCCACUUACGAAAGUAAAAAGAAAACGCAAUUUGGAAUGUCACAUGACAACAGCCUCAGCUAGUCAGUGGUAUUUGUCGCAUAAUAACUUAAUCAGCAACACGGAAUGAAUCUAACUGGAAUUAAAUAGAUACGAGCAACCGAAAAAAAAUAUACACGAAUGUAACACUGAUAAGGUGUACCAACCAAUAUACACACUCAUAUCACGAGACAAACCGUUUAAUUCUCCGAAAUAUUUAUUACUAUUGAUUGACUCCAGCCGAUUCACAAAAACGUCCAAUUGAUCGCAAUCGCAAAUUUAUUGCAAUAUAUACGCACGCAUUGUGCGCCAUGCUACCGAUGUCUCAUUCCAAAUUCGGCUACAUUCAACUUUCGACCACAUUGUGGAUUUAGCACGUUCAAAUUGCUGAUUCACAUCUGUGCGCACGUAGCCCCAGAGAGUGUACAACUGUUACAACUUAUAUUUUUCGACGCGCAAAUAUACCAACACUGACAAAUACAGCAAAAGAAAAUCCAUAAAAGAGAGAGAAAAAAAAAAGAAAUAGAUUUUCAUCUUGGACAAUUAAAGAAGAAUUUUGAAAAAGAGCGAAUAUUACAAACGACCGAAUAGAGAGAAAAAAAAAUUAUAAAAUUCAGAUCUAAGACGAGAAAAUGAUGGAGCUGCAAGCGGCACGACGAGUCGCAUAUUUUGCAGCCAGCAUCUUAUUUUGCUUUUUAAUUUGGAUACCCGAUAAUGUUCAAGCUAGCCAUGGAAAUUUUUCUGAAUUUCCAUAUAUACAGUAUUUAACACAUCCCCCUGAAAUAACGAAACGACCGAUUAAUCAAUCUGUACGAGUUGGAGGCGUUGCUAGUUUUUUCUGUGCAGCCCGUGGUGAUCCGAUUCCUUCGAUAGUAUGGCGUAAAAAUAGCAAGAAAGUUUCCGGCACACAAAGUCGAUAUUCGGUAACACAGAUGAACGGACAAUCAAUACUACGAAUUGAACCAGUACGAGCCGGUCGUGAUGAUGCUCCGUAUGAGUGUGUCGCUGAGAAUGGUGUAGGUGAUGCCGUUUCAGCCGAAGCAGCACUCACCGUCUUUGAAGCCGAUAAAACGCCAAGUGGUUUCCCCAUAAUUACACAAAGUCCGCAGACGCGAGUCAUCGAAAUUGGUCACACCGCAGUGAUGCAGUGCCGUUCAACCGGAAAUCCAACCCCAAAGAUCUACUGGCUCAAAGAUGGCAAACGUUUGGAAAUGAAUCAACGAUACACAUUGAUUGAUGGGAGUCUUCAAAUAGUAGAUAGCGUACGAGAGGAUCAAGGAAAGUUCGAGUGUGUAUCAGAAAAUUCAGUGGGAACUGAGCAUUCGAAACCAACUCAAUUGUAUGUGAAAGAGAGACGCGUUCCACCAACAUUUUCUCGUUUACCCGAACCGAUCAAUGAGAUAAUGCUCGGAGCAAAUUUAAGUUUGGAAUGUGUUGCCGUUGGAUCACCAAUGCCGUUUGUGCGCUGGAAGUCAGGAACCAAUGAUAUAACACCCGAAGAUCAAAUGCCAGUCGGUAAAAAUGUGCUUGAAUUGACGAACAUUCAGCAGAGCAACAACUACACGUGCAUUGCUGCAUCGACUUUGGGCACGAUCGAAGCUCAUGCUAUGGUCAAAGUUCAAUCUUUGCCAACCGCACCAACUGAUGUUAUCAUAUCGGAGGUUGCUGCCACAUCCGUGCGACUUGAGUGGUCUUACAAAGGACCUGAAGAUUUACAAUAUUAUGUGAUUCAGUACAAACCGAAAAAUGCAAAUCAGGCAUUUAGCGAGAUUAGCGGCAUUAUAACAAUGUUUUAUGUGGUGCGUGCGCUCAGUCCAUACACGGAAUAUGAAUUUUAUGUGAUUGCUGUGAAUAAUAUUGGACGUGGACCGGCAUCCAUUCCAGCCACCACGACGACCGGUGAAACAGAUGAUUCGAUAAAUGGAGGUGCCAAAAUGGAAAGUGCACCAAGAAAUGUUCAAGUGCGACCAUUAAGUCCAUCAAUGAUGAUGAUAACAUGGGAACCGCCAGAGACACCAAACGGCCAAGUAACUGGUUACAAAGUCUAUUAUACAACAAAUCCAAAUCAGCCAGAAGCAUCUUGGGAUUCACAAAUGGUCGACAAUAGCGAAUUAACAACAAUAUCGGAAUUAACACCGCUCGCCAUUUACACAGUACGUGUACAGGCUUUCACAAGCAUGGGUGCCGGCCCAAUGUCCAAUCCGGUGAAAGUGAAGACACAGCAAGGUGUUCCGUCACAGCCAAGCAAUUUCCGUGCGACCGACAUCGGAGAAACCGAUGUGGUAUUACAAUGGUCGAAACCAAUUCAUUCCAAUGAAAAUAUCGUACACUAUGAAUUGUAUUGGAAUGAUACGUAUGCAAAUGAAGCGCACCACAAACGCAUCGCAAAUACUGAAACAUAUAAAUUGGCGGGUUUGUAUCCGGAUACAUUGUAUUACAUAUGGUUGGCAGCUCGAUCACAACGCGGCGAAGGUGCAACGACUCCACCGAUUCCAGUUCGAACAAAACAAUACGUGCCGGGUGCACCGCCGAACAAUAUCAGCGCAGAAGCGAUGAGCCCAACAACCAUAGCUGUAUCGUGGUAUCCACCACCAGCUGAACGAUCCAACGGUCAAAUCGUUUAUUAUAAAGUAUUUUUCGUGGAAAAUGGUCUGUCCGAUAGUGAGGCAUCGGUCACGACACUCAAUAUCACCGAAAUCAUUUUGGACGAAUUGAAACGAUGGACCGAUUAUAAGAUUUGGGUAUUAGCUGGCACAAGAAUUGGCGACGGACCACGAUCAUAUCCAAUCGUUGUGCGAACUCUCGAGGACGACGUAAAGAUGCCUGGUGAACCUCAAGAUGUACGAGUUAAUGCGAUUAAUUCGACAACGCUUCAUGUCAUUUGGAAGCAACCUCAGGAAAAAGAUCGAAACGGCAUCAUUAUGGGUUAUCAUAUUCAUGUUCAGGAAACAAAAGAAGAGGGUCGUAAUAAUUUCCUCAACGAACCUAUGAAAUUUGAUGUAACCGACGCAUUGGAAUACAAUGUGAGUGGCUUGCAACCGGACACAAAGUACUCGGUUCAAGUGGCAGCAUUAACGCGUAAAGGUGAUGGAGACCGAAGUCCGGCUAUUGUUGCAAAAACACCAGGUGGUGUCCCAGUUCGUCCGGUGAUGAAUAUCAAAAUUUUGGAACGAGAUCCGACUGUUUCAAUUGAAUUAGAGUGGGAACGACCUAAUCAAACGUAUGGUGAACUGCGUGGCUAUCGAUUGCGUUGGGGCAUCAAAGAUGAGAAAUUCCAUGAAGAGGUCUUGAAUGGGCAACAUUCAACGUUGAAGAAAAUUAAAGAUUUGGAUCGUGGUGUACAGUAUGAAUUCCGUGUGGCUGGUAUGAAUCACAUCGGAAUUGGCCAAGAAACAGUAAAAUAUUUGGAAACACCAGAGGGUAUACCGAAUGGUUCACCAACCAAUAUUACAGUUCAAUUCCAAACACCGGAUGUUGUAUGCAUCACAUGGGAUCCACCGACCCGAGUGCAUAGCAAUGGAAAAAUCACCCGCUACGAUGUACAAUUCCACAAGAAAAUCGACCAUGGUUUGGGCACUGAACGUAAUACAACCACACGCAAAGCUGUUUUUACUAAUUUAGAAGAAAACACCGAAUAUGUAUUCCGUAUUCGUGCGCAUACAAAACAGGGUGCCGGUCCGUUCAGCGAAAAGCGAAUUGUCGAAACUGAACGUGAUAUGGGCCGAGCUCCAAUGACCGUUCAAGCCGUUGCCACGUCAGAACAAACGGUUGAAGUUUGGUGGGAAGCAGUGCCAUCACGUGGAAAAUUGAUUGGCUAUCAAAUAUUUUACACAAUGACCGCCAUCGAAGACUUAGACGAAUGGCAAACGAAAUCAGUUGGCGUUACUGAAUCGGCUGAUUUAGUGAAUUUGGAAAAAUUCGCUCAAUAUGCAAUUGCAAUUGCGGCACGAUUUAAGAAUGGCCUGGGAAGAUUGAGUGAGAAAAUUACGGUGAAAGUGAAACCCGAAGAUGUUCCAUUGAACUUACGUGCCUAUGACGUAAGCACACAUUCCAUGUCAUUGAGUUGGUCACCACCGAUUCGUUUGAAUCCAAUUAGCUAUAAAAUCAGCUUUGAUGCCGUCAAAGAAUUUGUGGACAGUCAAGGUAUAACACAAACACAGAAUAUUCAACGCCGAGAAAUUAUGCUGAAACAUCACAUUCGAAGUCAUAUGAUUGGUGAAUUGUCGCCGUUUACAACGUACAAUGUUAAUGUGAGUGCAAUACCAAAUGACAAUUCGUAUCGACCGCCGACAAAAAUUACAGUCACAACACAAAUGGCUGCACCACAACCAAUGGUGAAACCCGAUUUUUAUGGUGUUGUUAAUGGCGAAGAGAUUCAAGUGAUUUUACCGCAAGCGUCCGAGGAAUAUGGUCCAAUUUCACAUUAUUACUUAGUUGUUGUACCAGAGGAUAAAUCAAAUUUGCAUAAACUUCCCGAUCAAUUUUUGAAUGAUGAAAUCCUACCACAACAAGGACGAUCUGAACGACCGCUUACACCGUACAUUGCAGCCAAAUUUCCACAACGAGGCAUUCCGUACACAUUCCAUUUGGGUUCGGGCGAAACGCAGCACAAUUUUACCAAUAAAAAAUUGGAAAAAGAUAAACGUUAUCGCAUUUUUGUUCGUGCCGUUGUUGAUACACCGCAAAAGCAUUUAUACACAUCGAGUCCAUUUUCAGAAUUUUUAUCGUUGAAUAUGCGUGAAGCUCCACCCGGCGAAGCGCCAAAUCGUCCAAAUCCAAAUUUGCCACACGAUGGAAUAGACGUGAUUAAGGGUUUAAAUAGCGAAGAACCCGAAAUGGUUUGGAUCGUCGGUCCGAUGCUAUUAGCGAUCGUAAUGUGCACGUGCCUUGUUGCCUUUUACAUUGUUAAACGUCGUCGUCAACCAUGCAAAGCAGCAGAUCAAUCUGCCGUAACACGUCCAUUGAUGGCAGCCGAUUUGGGUGCAGGACCAGCACCAACCGAUCCCGUUGAUAUGCGACGAUUGAAUUUCCAAACACCAGGCAUGGUCAGCCAUCCGCCAAUUGCUAUCUCUGAUUUUUCCAAUCACUUGGAACGCUUAAAAUCGAACGAUAACUUGAAAUUUUCUCAGGAGUAUGAGAGCAUUGAACCGGGCCAACAAUUUAUGUGGGAUCACUCGAAUAUGGAAAGCAACAAACCGAAAAAUCGGUAUGCCAAUGUAACGGCCUAUGAUCAUAGUCGAGUGAUUUUGCAAUCAAUCGAAGGAAAAUCCGGUUCUGAUUAUAUUAAUGCAAAUUAUUGCGAUGGAUAUCGUAAGCAUAAUGCAUAUGUGGCUACGCAAGGUCCAUUACAAGAUACAUGCGGCGAUUUUUGGCGAAUGUGCUGGGAACUACGAACAAAUAUGAUCGUUAUGAUGACACGUCUGGAGGAACGCGCUCGGAUUAAGUGUGAUCAGUAUUGGCCGACACGUGGCACAGAAACUUAUGAUCAAAUGACCGUUACAAUAACGGAAACACAAGAAUUAGCUACAUAUUGCAUACGUACCUUCCAAAUUUCGAGACAAGGUAGCAUCGAAAGGCGCGAAAUUAAACAAUUACAGUUUACAGCAUGGCCAGAUCAUGGGGUUCCCGACCAUCCUGCUCCAUUCUUACAAUUCUUGCGUAGAUGUCGUUCAUUGUCAAUGCCAGACGCCGGUCCAAUUGUUGUUCAUUGUUCUGCCGGUGUCGGGAGAACUGGUUGUUACAUUGUAAUCGAUUCAAUGCUCGAGCGGAUGAAACACGAGAAAACGAUUGAUAUUUAUGGUCAUGUUACGUGCUUACGCGCCCAGCGAAAUUACAUGGUACAAACGGAAGACCAAUAUAUUUUCAUACACGAUGCAAUACUCGAAGCAAUCAUUUGUGGUAACACUGAAGUUCCGGCCCGUAAUUUACAUAAUCAUAUACAAAAAUUGAUGCAAACUGAACCUGGCGAAAAUAUCACCGGCAUGGAAAUGGAAUUCAAGAAAUUGGCAAACAUUAAGGCCGAUUCAAUGCGAUUUGUGGCGGCCAAUUUGCCGUGCAACAAACAUAAAAAUCGUUUAGUUCACAUUUUGCCAUAUGAAUCGAGUCGAGUAUGUUUAGCACCAAUUCGUGGUGUUGAAGGUAGUGAUUAUAUCAAUGCCAGUUUCAUCGAUGGAUAUCGAUAUAGAAAUGCUUACAUUGCUGCACAAGGUCCGUUACAAGACACGGCCGAAGAUUUUUGGCGCAUGUUGUGGGAACACAAUUCAACCAUUGUUGUUAUGUUGACCAAACUUAAGGAGAUGGGAAGAGAAAAAUGUUUCCAGUAUUGGCCGCACGAACGUAGCGUUCGUUAUCAAUAUUAUGUUGUUGAUCCAAUUGCGGAAUAUAAUAUGCCGCAAUACAAAUUAAGAGAAUUUAAGGUAACUGACGCUAGAGAUGGUUCAUCUCGAACAAUUCGUCAAUUUGUGUACUGUGAAUGGCCUGAACAAGGUGUGCCGAAGUCCGGUGAAGGAUUCAUCGAUUUUAUUGGCCAAGUGCAUAAGACAAAGGAACAAUUUGGUCAAGACGGGCCAAUCACAGUUCAUUGUAGUGCAGGCGUAGGUAGAACUGGCGUUUUUAUAUCAUUGAGUAUUGUUCUGGAACGUAUGCAGUAUGAGGGUGUGUUAGAUGUUUUCCAAACAGUUCGAAUACUUCGAUCACAGCGACCGGCCAUGGUGCAAACAGAGGAUCAAUUCCAAUUCUUACACCGAGCCGCACUUGAAUACCUGGGAUCAUUCGAUCAUUAUGCAAAUUGAUUUGUGUAAAACUCCAAACCAGCCGCUUUAUGUUUUAUUUUUGCGCAACUAUACCGAAGUGAACGACUCGAAUUUAAAUUCACAGAUUUAUGUUGGAACAAACAUAUUUGCCAUCUAAACUUACCUAUAUAUCAAGAAAACCAAGCUUAACCAGCAAAAGAAAAAACUUAUGGAAUUCUAUGUUCUAAGUUAUGUUUUUAUUUUUUUGACGAAAAAAAACGGACAUUUAACUCUAAGAUUCAAUUAGAGAGAAAACAGAACAAUCACAAAUGAAUUUCAAAAUUUCGAUGAGAAAACAUCGUCGAACAUUGUCGGAGACAUUUUACUCCGCAUAUAUUUGAUAGCACUGUAAAAAAAAACAAUUAGUAAUUAUUAUUAAACUCAUUAGCCAUUUAAACGAAACCAGACUGUUUGUUGCUGAAAAAUUGUAGUGUGAAAGUCUUAGUAAUGUAAGCUUCUGGAUGUAUCUAAAUCCAUGGAUAUCAUCAGUCCGGAAAUGUUUGGGAAGUCGGAGUUCGAUCUAAAAUAUUUGUGGUUAAUCUAAUAUUAAAGAAAAAUUAAUUAUGUGAGAAAUUAAAAUUAAGAUUAAGAGGAAUUAUUACGUGUAACAAACAAUAUUAAUUGUCAAUUCUUCAUUUAAAAAAUUGUAAACUUUUUUUUUUUGCAAUUGGGGAAUGGAGAGAGACAGGAAAGAUACCAAGUUCAAAUCACACAUACCGACACUUUUUUUAUAUACAAAUAAAAUAAAAACAAAACAGUUCCAUAAACUACAAAAACAAUCACUUCUGUUGAAUCUUUUCAGUUGAGCAAUAGUCUUCCAAAAUGUUCAAAUUCCAUAAAAAAUAAUUCUAUAACUUCAACUUCUGUUUCCAGUGACCACAAUUUUCAUUUUGUUAUCCAUUCAAACACAAUCAAACACAAUCGACCCAAUUACAAAAUGCUUGUGUAGAUGAAACUCAGCAUUUAUGAGUGGACUAUAUAUAUAAUACGUGUGUUAACGCGAGAUGUAAAUUUAUGCAAACUGAAUAAGACUUGAACAAAAAGGAUGAAGACGAAACGUGUAUAAAGCAAAGUAUUAAGAUCGAUGAUAGUAAUUGCAUAGAAAAACUUAAUCGAUAGCCCAUAGGAUAAGGAACUAUAGCUUAAUGAGUGAAAUAAAUGUAAUGCAAAAUUAAAUAAAAUUCAAAAUGGUUAGCAACAACAAAAUUAUUUCAAAAAUGAAACAUUCUGGGAAAUUUCAUGAUUUUUUUUCUCCCCAAAUGAAAUUCGCUUUCGUACGAAAUUUCGAACUUAAAAACCAUUUAUUCGUCUAAGAAUUGCUAGUAUAAAUUUAUUGAAUAAGAAUGAAAAAAAACUCUGUAUCUUCGUAAGCAAACAAUUGUUGAAAUCGUGAAUUAAGAUAAUCGCAAUGAAUAAGAGAUUUAUUGAUGAAAUACACAAAUGAAAAACAAACAAAACAAAAAAUUGAAAUUAUGAAAUGAAAAUCAUGUGACAAAAUAUAUGUAUACAAUAGCAUAAAUGGCGUGUAAGCGCUCAAAGUCGAUUACCACUAACAAUCUUUUCAGCUUUCGCUUCAAUUCAUUUCAUUUCAUCGGCUUUUUGAUCAUUUCAACACUUUUUUUUCCCCUUUUCAAACAAAUAAAACGAUUUGAAAAUUGUAUGCAGUCAUUUCUUCUAAAUCAAUUUCCAUCACCUUAAAUUUGCCGUGUUUUUCUUUGCCAUUUCAUUAAAUAACUAUAUUUGUGCACCACAACAUAAAAGUCAAAUAAAAUAUUUCGUCUGCUAUUUCCGGUGUUCAUAAAAGAGAGAGAAAGAAAUGAGUCCAAUUAAUUUCUUGCCAUAUCAAAUUUGCAAAUUAUAUCAAUCGAAAUUACUGAAUUUAAAUCGAGAAUCGAAUGAGCAAUGUAACAUCUAGUAGUCUUUUUAUAUAGUCAAUUUGUACUGUUCCAAGCGAUGGGAAAGCAACAAUAAAUUUACGAUUUCAAAAGCCAUAUUUUGAUGAUUCUUAACAUAUCAUCCGUCAUUAAAUCACCGAGUCGACCUUUAGUUUUUCGCCUCAACAAAUAUUCACAGUUGUAGAAUCACAAACGCACACUUAAUUCAUAUUAAUCUUGAUUUAAAUAAUAACCGUUCCGCUCCAGCAGAUCAGCUGCUAUGGUUGAGGUCUCAAUAUAGAUUGCAGAAUCACUUUUUUUGAUUAGGUUUUAAAUUUAGUUAGCACAGUAAUUUGUAUCUAUUAAGAUUAAUCUUUUAUUUGUACAGAAUAACGUGAUAAAUCAAAACAAACGUUUUCUAAAACUACAUUUACUCGCCAUUUUCUAUUGUGUUUGUUUUUCCUUCGGUUCCCAUCAUGUUCAGUUUAGUUUUUUCAAUACAUCUGUUCCCAAUCGCAUCAUCGACAAUACACUCAUGACAAAACUCUGUCUAAACUAAAACACCUAUUUCGGAAGAAAAAAAAUCUCACAAUUUUGCAUACUCGCAAAGCAACUACAACACACAACAAAUCUGAACUAAAUAACAAUUUACAAACACAGUUCCAAUCUAAAAAAAAAAAUUGUAUAAAAACACAUUACAAACUGAUUGCCCGAGAAUGAAAGCGAGACUUCUAUUCACAACUUAUUGAAAUGUAACAUCACCAUACAAAAUUUUUAAUUACAGUCUUGACUUUUUGUAUGGUGGCGUUACAUUUAAAUAAGUUGUGGAUAGAAGUCUCGUUUUCAUUCUCGGACAUUCAACUGAUUAACUAUACUGUCAUAUAUAAUAAGCGUAACAAAUUAUUGAGAGAGAAAAAAAUAACAAACAAACAAAUUGUAUGAUACAUUGAAAUAAAUAAACAG